CGCAGAGCCCAGUUCCGACAAUCUGUCUGUCUUUUCAGCGCCGACGCCGCCGUCCCAGCCACUAUUAGCCUGAUGAGACCUACCGGACCGCCGACCGGGCGACGCAGCCACCAGCGAGCCGGCGCGCCAGGUCACCAGAGGUCACCAGAGGUCAGCCGGCGGUGAUGGCGGCCGGUGACCGGUCAGGCCGGGUCACACGACUCUGCGGCGGCGGCCGACUGCUGCUGCUAGCCGCUGUGAUGGCUGCGCCCGCCCUGGCUGACGCCUGUCCCGUCUCAUGUCACUGCCGCUGGAAGGGUGGCAAAAAGACGGUGGAGUGCGUCGACCGCCAGCUCGAGUCGCUACCGACGACCGCCGAUACCGACACCCAGGUACUGGACAUCUCAGGUCACGCGCUGACCGAACUGGCGUCGCGCGCCUUUCAGCGGCACGGCCUGCUCGCGCUCCAGCGGAUCUACGUGUCCCGUGGAAGACUGGAGAGGGUCGGCCAGCGGGCGCUCAGUGGUCUGACGAAUCUGGUGGAGCUGGACCUCAGCGAGAACCGACUCACGGCCGUUCCCGGCGCCGCGCUGCGUGAUGUGCCCGCUCUCCGUCGGCUUAGUCUCAGUGGUAACCCUCUGGAGCGAAUUCAGCGUGGUGACCUAGGAGCAGUGCGAGAGCUCACCGCGCUGGAACUGGCGCACUGCCAGCUGCGCAUCGUGGAGAAGGGUGCCUUCGCCACGCUGCUGAGGUUGGAGAAGCUGCAGCUGCAAGGAAACCAGCUAACCACACUAGCUGCUGUGGACCUAUCGCUUCAUCUGCACAACGUUCAGCUGCAGAGUAACCUGUGGCACUGCAACUGUCGGCUUCGUGAGCUGCGACGGUGGCUGAGGCAGUACCCAGUACCACUGGCUGUGCCGCCACGCUGCUCUGCCCCUCGUCGCCUCUCUGGCCGCGCCGUGCACAACACCAGCGCUACGGAACUGGCCUGUGCACCCGACAUUCUUCCCUCCGACCGGCUGUUCGAGGUGUCCCUGAACAGCAGCGUGACGCUCAGCUGCGCCGCGGAGGCUGAUCCUGCCGCUGAACUCUCCUGGUCGUUCAAAGGUCACAUACUGAAAGACGACCCUGAAGGCGUGGACGGCGGCCUCUUCAUCACGGAGAGUUCUGAGCUCGGUGUGGAUGGUGGAGGAGCGGUGCGACGCAGUCAGCUAGUGAUCGCCAGUGCCGGGGAACACGACCACGGUGUGUUUCGGUGCCGCGCGGCCAACGCAGCCGGCGCCUCGACGGCCGAUUUCAGAGUGAGCGUGCUCCUGCCUCCCGACACCCGCAGCUCAGGCACCGCUCCAGCCAGCCGCUCACAUCUAGCUCUACCCGUUGGAGGUUCGCUGGUGCUGCUGGCCGCUAGUGCGCUGCUGCUACUCGGCGCGCUGGCCGUCCGUCGCGGCCGUCGACUUCGACGCAGACGCAAGUUCUCCACCAGCCGAGACUCGGGGAGUGGGGAGAGCGCGGGGUCGCCGACGGGAGGCGGCGGAGGUGUGGGGAGCCGGGCAAUGUCGAGGGACACUACGCUGACAGACUGCCACGAGCAUCAGCUACAUGAGCUGCCUCGUCACCCGCCGCACUGUGCUCGGGAGCGGGGCCCGGAUGUGUUGUGUGACGCUAGUGAAACGGUGACGGCUGUGACUGUAGAGCGAGACGCUCCUCCGCCCAUGGAGCCAGUAGUGAGAGCGGUGCAGGACCUCUCCUGGCCACCAGCGUGGACGCUCCACCCCACCAUGUCCGCGUCUCACGGGAACAUUUAUGGUGAGUCAUUGCUGCGGCGAAAUAGUUUAUCUAGUGGUUCAUACCACCGACAUGUGUGUGACGGGGCGGGGGCCGAUAGACAAGUACCACUCGGCUGGCGCAGUCUGCCCCGGCCUGCCCGGCCGCGGCCGCCGCCACCCGCCGCCGGUGGCUCGCCCGAACAGUGGCGGCGCUCAAUGCUCGCGGUGCCGCAGUAUGUCUCCGGUUCGUCGCAGUUUGUCGCCGGUGCGCCGCAGCUCGUGGCAGUGGACCCUGCUCGUGUGUGUAGCUGUAUGUUAGGCCCGUCAUUGGAAGGCCGCCUCUGGCAGCUGCCGGCCUGUCACCCUGCCGCGCCACCGGCCUGUCAUUCUACCGCGCCACCAGCCUGCCAUUCUGCCACUCUGCCGGCUGUCCCGGCGCCCCCUCCGCCGCCCUGGCCGGCGCGGACUCACUGUGUUGGCCCGUCUCGGCCGCGCUGCCGCUGCCUGGCGCCGGGACCGACCUCGACAGGCCCGCUGGCACCUCCAGCCGGGUUCGGCGACGAACUGCCGGCACCGGCUGCGCUCAAGUGCGGACCGCCGCCGCGGUGGGCGGUCCCCGGCGGUCGCGGGCAGCCGGGGGUGGCUCCGUCGGCCGUGUUCGCUGCCAGACUCGUGGCAGCUGAAAAGCCGGCCGACAGCCCUGACGAGGGAUAUGUCGAGUCUGUGCAGGACACGUGAGACACGGACCGUCGCCGAUGGUGGACUACUGCCACGAGGACUCGUCACGUGUAUUCUGUGAUUGUGCUAAUUUGGGAGGCGGCUACCGAUCACUGGAGUGUGAAAAUCACAUCGUGUUUGCCACAGUGCUCUAACACAGGCGUGAUAUUCGUUCUCCGAUUGUCGGUCAUGCGAGAAGGACGGACAUGCGUCGCAGAUGUGUGAUUGGACCGCCCUACCUUUGCUUGUUUCUACAACUCAUGAACGACAGAUCGACUGCUGCUGAAUAAUUACCAUAGCCUGUAAUGUGAGACAGUCGUCACGAGCUGUCCUGGGGACACACUCAGGCUGAUCGUCCACCAGCUGAAUUUAUAUAACAUUGCUCAUGCAUGAAAAAUGUUCAUAAUUAUAAAUAGAUGUUAACUGUUCACCUGUCAGGUCGUACAUUUGCGUUAUGGGCCACCAGAGAUAUAUUUGCAGGGCCAAGCAGUUGGAAGGAAAUGUCACUGUGAGUUGGAGGCACGUGGUGAGUAUGUUACAUGGAAGGUGGUUGGCAGAUGUGUGUGUAUGUUUUUGCAUAAUAAAUUUAUUCAA